AAUUGCCACCGAAUUUCAACACACCAAAAGCCAACACCACAAAAAGGUGUCUUUUUUCUUGUUUCUUUUGCACCUAUAGAACUACUAUUGCCGGAGUGAAUAUUGCUGUCAUGAGUGUGCAAUUUGAGACCCCUUUAUGACUCUUUAGGGUUUACAAUUUUGGUGUUUAUAGGUAGGUGUCUACUUGAGUGAAAUCAAGCGAUGCAAACGGAAAGAUCGGAGUCGAUAAGAUCGGUGGCUGCAGAUACAAGAGGGAAGCAUAGAAUUUCGGCUGAAUUGAAGAGGCUUGAACAAGAAACUCGCCAUUUAGAGGAGGAGCUCGACCAGCUUGAGAAGAUGGAAGCAGCCUCAGCUGCAUGCAAGGAAAUCUUGAGUAAUGUUGAAACAAGGCCGGAUCCACUACUUCCCAAGACAUACGGGCCCGCAAAUCCAUCAUGGGAUCAAUGGUUUGAGGGGCCUCAAGAUAAGUCAGGUUGCAGAUGCUGGAUACUUUAACAAUAUUUUGUCAUAAAUUCAUUAACUUUCAUCUGAGGUUUGUGCAGUGCCAUUAUUCUACAUUCUCAUUACAAAUACAGAGCAGUUUCUUGUGCAGAAAUGUCAAAUUCUUUUUUGAUUUGUAGAGAAAAUUAUGACAGUUAUCAAUUUGGCUUUACUUUUUGCA